AAUAAGUUUGCCUCACCAGUACUGCAGCAGCGGCAGGCCUGAGGGGACACACUGCGGAUCACGGCUUCACUCUCAGGGUCAUUAUGGAGCCUGGACUUACAAGCGUGGGGCUAAAGCUGGCUGUGCUGCUUCUGGUGACGCUUCACCUGAAGACAGAUGUGACGGAGGCGAUGGAGGUGACAUCCUCUGGGCCACAGACUGUUCAGAAGGCCAAGGGGGAAACGGUCAACCUGGGGUGCACCUACACCCCCGGCCCCCAAGACACAGGAGAGCUGGACAUUGAGUGGUCCAACGUCCGGCCGGACAUGACGCAGAAAGACAAACUGAUCUUAUCCUUCACAGGGGGCCAGACCCAUCAGUACGGCGACCCCAGCAUCUCCAGCAGAUUCAAGUUCACAGGGAACCCCACGCUGGGCGACGCCUCCAUCUCCAUCUCUGACGCGAGGGUGUCGGACACCGACACCUAUCAGUGCAAAGUGAAGAAGGCGCCGGGUGUGGACACGCGGAAAGUCACUCUGGUUGUGAUGGAGCCCCCGUCGGCACCGAAGUGUUGGGUGGAAGGCGGGGAGGAGAAAGGUGGCACAGUCUCCCUCCGCUGCAAGUCCUCUCAGGGCUCCACCCCUCUCAAUUACGUGUGGAUGAGAGAGACUGGAGGUGCGAUGCCAUCCAUGGCGACCCAAGACUCAGAGACUGGGGAGCUUUUGAUAAGGAACCAUACAGACAGCAACGUUGGAAGCUACGUGUGCAAGGUGAACAACGCUGUCGGCAGAGCUCAGUGUAAAUACGCUCUGCAUGCAUACAACCCUACCAACAAGGUGGGCGUCAUAGUCGGGGCGGUGAUUGGUGCUCUCCUGCUGCUGCUCCUCCUCCUGCUCCUCAUCUGGCUCCUCAUCUGCUGCUGCCACAAGCGUCGCUAUGAGAAAGAGGUUGCCAAUGAAAUAAGGGAGGAUGUCCAGGCCCCGGAGAGCAGACCCACCAGCAGGAACUCCAGUUUCCGCUCAGUGUUGGGGUACCGCACCCACCCCGGGGUGCACUACAGCUCCGUGAGGAACCACGGCGUCAGAGAAUCAGGCCGGAGCGCCAUCCACUCGGCCGGGACUAACGGCACAUUGCAGCCCACCACUGCAGGGGUGAACCCCCCCCUCCAAUACGACCAUCGAUACGGAUACCCUGUAUAAUCCAGUCCAGGUGGACUUUUUUACUUUUAGUGUUAAACUACACCCUCUGAAGGAAAGACUCUUUGUAAAGGAUGCUCUAUGUAAAGUAUGGAUGUGAGAAAUGGUGCAAUACCAGAUAUUUAACUGGAGAGUAAUGGGAGCGCUGGUAUCCAACUACUGGGGACUCAUAGUAUUUCACAGGCUGGCUUUCAUAAUGCACUGCAGCGUAUUGUAUAGAAUCAUAAUCCAAGUCUUUAUGACACUGAUUCUGUUAAAACUGUACAUGUAUAUAUCAAAAAAUGUGUGUUUUUAUUGAUGUUUUUUUUCUAUGCCACAUGUAGCUCAAUCAGCUUCUUAGUUUUUACAAUAAAACAAUUUUGAGUACAAUAAAAACAUUUUCAGUGAUAAGUCAAAGAUGAGAGAAUCAUCUCAUCUCGGCUCUUUUUUCUCACAGUAUUUAUUUGUCAAAGUCGAGUAACAUUUGAGAGACAUCUGUUAUCUCUGAACAACAACAGUCAGAAUGGAAUCUGACAUAUGUAUAUAUAUAUUUGCAUGUGUGUAUAUAGAGAUUUUCAUAUGUAUAUAUAUACAUAUGUGAAUAUACGUUUAUGUAAAUGUAUAUAUAUGUAUGUGUGUGUAUAUACAUACACACGUGUGUUUAUACAUAUGAAAGCAGUCAAAUUGUCGACAUGGUCAGAGGUUCAAUUAAAACUUGAUU